AUGGCUGCUCCUUUAUCCGAAGAUGAGAUUCGCCAAAUUACCUUGAAUGGCGCAAAUCUCGUUCCUCGUCAACUUGAUCAGAAUAUUCUGCAUGACGAAGUUGCAAGAAUUACCAAUUUGUUUCAACGCAUCUUUUCGACUCUGCGGGCAGACCUCACAAACCAGCACAGAACAGCCGCAUGCAAUUUACUUUCCAAUUUGGUUGAAAAAUGUGCUUUAUCACAGGAACACGACUUCCUUCUCUUACUCUGGCGAACUGAGAAAUUCUGGCACCAUGCUUUCUGGAUCUACCUUGACCAACACCAUGCUCUCAACGUCAAACCAUCACGACUCCUACUGACAUCUCUGACCUCUGCUCUUACCAAGUAUCCAGACAAGUCCAUUUGUGAAUCCGAGAAGACGGCCUUGCUGGAAUCACUGGUCCAACAUGUUGGUACUCCUUCCGAGAAUGCUCCCACGAGACCUGCCAUGCAAGUUCUAGCGCAUUGGCUGUCCAAGAACGUCAUUUUCGUCGACGAGUUGUGCCACGCCUUUGGGAAGAUUUCAAUUGAAAAAGACAACCAAGUAUCACAUUCGGUCCAAGAUGUGCUCGCAAUCGUCUUGCGCCUUGCACCAUAUGAAGAUUUUGCCUCAUCCGCCGGCUCGCUGGCAGCUCUGAUACUUCAAAAGGCACGACCUACAGAUCAAAGUUCCGCCCCGCUAGCGUUGGGUAACCACUACGCUUCUUCAUGGUCUUCCACUGUACUGGACAUUCUCAAACAAAAGCCUGAAGCUCUUGGAAUCCUUCGGCUGUAUGUGUUCCCUGAAAUAUUCCAGCAAGAUAGGCCAAGCUUUGUUGCUUUUGUAGAUCAACUAGGCAUAAGAAGCAUCCUUGGUAGAGACCAGCCUUCCGAAGUCUCACUGCCGCUUUCUGCAUCACAAUGCGAGGAAGUCCUAUUCUGUGCUUUGUCUGUAGGAAGCAAGCUCGGCUUGGUCAAGGUCGCAGAUGUUGGUCAAACUACGGAGAGUAUUGGGCUCUUCUUUGAGAAAGAUGUUUUGUGCAUUCCAGACGUCCUACUUGGAGAUCUAUUGCUACGCACGUCUGACGCUGUGCGGAUCGCCGGUCUGGCAAUGCUUACAACCUCCACUGUGACCACCCAGCCAUUGUCUAUCGGAGCGAUGAAUUCUCUGCAGAAAGGUUUACCUUUUCUUCAUGCUGACGCAGAUUCUGGAUUCAGGAGCGAGCUUUUUAGCCUGAUCAGACAUCUCAUGGAUCGUAUCAAGGCUGCAACAGCAACUCUGACAAAGCCUCCAGGCAAGUCGAAGAAGAAUACAACAAAAACCCCUGUCGAUUCUCCGUCAGUAUCGACCCAGUCCUCUGAGCUAGUCGCGGCUCACAAAUCCUUCGUCGAAUGGUAUGUCGCGUUCCUCAAAACCGAGUUGCGGCCAACAGCUAGCUAUCAGAGACACAUAUCGGCACUCAAGUGUAUCUCGAUUGUUUCCAGAUCCGGUGUUGAUACUCAAAUUUCCGGCCACCCAAACACAAAGUCUACAGGCGCCACGGUGCUCUGGCCUUUUACAUUGAAUGUGGUUGAUGAUGAGAUGACUGAUCUGUUGAUUGAUCUGCUUCUUGACGCUUUCGACGAUGUCAGGUCCAUGGCUACGGAGAUCUUGAGUCUUGUAAAUUCUGACACACGGCCGCAGAACGGUGUAUUCGAUACACCCAUGCUAGUCAAAGUCCUUGCUCGAGCUCAGAAGAUGCUGAUUGAUAGUGGACGUGCUGACCAUGCAGAUGGAGUCGCACAUCUCUACAGUAUCUUGUUCAACCAAUGCUCACACUUGAACCACGACAGCGAGCAGUGGUGGGCUUCGAGAUAUGGUAUCCUCGGACACCUCGUUCACGCAAUCGAGCAGACGGUUGAAACUGCAAAGGCGGAUAUCAGUAGAGCGGUCAGCAAACAUCCUCUGCACGGCCUUUUCAUUAGCUUGAGAUACAUCAUCGACAAGCCUGGCUUCUACCAAACAAUGUCUUCCGAUCCUGUUGUGCUGGCGGAUCUGCAAAAGCUUUACCUCAGACUUUACGAUAUUUUCCAGGCUGUGUGGAUGUCUGUACAUGAUACACUUUGUAAGGACACAACCGAAGGCCUUGCCGCCGAAGAGCUCGAGGAAGAAGAUAUCGGAACGAAGGAUGUGUUGAGCUAUUCGUGGCGAGCUCUCAAAGAAUCCAGUCUGCUUUUACGCUCAAUCGUAAAGAAUUGUCCACUCGACUCCCCCGAACAGAUACUUCUUUCAUCUCAGCAACUUCGCCAGCUAGGCGAUCUCACAUUCACACAACUCGCCGAGUUGCGCCAUCGUGGUGCUUUCUCAACAGUAGCUCAGACCUUUGUCGUAUGCUGUAUGCGCUCAAACAGUGGCACAAACACUGUGAGCCAAACCCUCGAGGAAUGGUACAAGCGUGCGAUUCUUUGCAUACAAAAUCAGACUGCGAUUAAUACCCGCCGCUCGGCAGGAUUGCCCUCUUUGAUGAUUGGCAUCGUCGUUGCAGACACUAAAGGUCUUUUGUUCAGCAGAGCUAUGUCAGAGCUCACUACCGAGGGCACAAGACCUGUCAAUCAAGCUGCAGAAAGCGCCGGUGGUCUAUCGCAAGUCCACGCUCUAAACUGUAUCAAGGAUAUCUUCAAGAAUUCGAAACUGGGCGAGCGAUCAGAGGCUUACGUGCCACAAGCACUCAGCCUUGCAGCUGGAUGCUUAUCUUCGGAUACAUGGGCUGUCCGGAACUCCGGGCUCAUGCUCUUCCGAGCUCUCAUGGAUAGACUGAUUGGUACCAACGAUGCAUUCUCGGAUGAGGAUACACAUACACAGAACCGACUUUCCGAAGAAGCAAUCACGAGCUUGAUGCAAAUUGUCCUUCAGUUACUGACGACUGAUGCUGAUGUCGACCAAGCAAAGGCCGAAGUGGUAUUUCCCGCUUUACAAUUCCUCCAACGCGUACAACCGCCCUCGAAUCUCGCGGAAGAUAUUAAGUCUUCAGUAUUAAGACUUGCAUCAAGCCGGCAAUGGCUCGUUCGCGACAAGGCAGCCAAGACAUAUUCUACUCUGGUGCCUGCUAUAAACCGAAUUAGUCGUGUCGCAGAGUUGGUUCGACAUAAAUCACGAAGUCAGAACGAGGCACAUGGCGUUCUGCUUGCAGCCAAGUAUCUUGUCGAGAGACAAGGAAAGAAUUUCAACACAGAAGAUAUGGAUGCAGUGGUAAAUGCCGUGCAAUCAAGGAUUGAUGAUCUUUUCUACGACAACGCAUGUUCGUUUACACAAGCCGCGUUCAUAGACGUACAAAAUGCUUUCUUCUACGCGGCUAUUCAGAAGCAGCGUCAUCUUUUCGUACCAGGCACAAGAUGGGCUACCACUGAAGACAUGAACAUCAUCCUAGACCUGCCCCGAGAUCAUUUCGCAGCAUGCUCAUUCCUUCGACAAUCUUUGGCCUUGUCACUGAUUCACGAACACGCCUUAUUCAGCGGACCCUCCAGCGAUAACUCGGCGGCGGACUUGACAGCAAGACUAGAUACUCUUGCGCUGCUCGCGAUUCGCGACCCUGACGCUUGCACAACUGCACUACGUGAAGCUGCUAGAAUUGGUUCUACUGAUUCUGUCUAUGCCACACAAACCAAACAGCUUCUGGUCAGUAUCUCGGCCAAGCUAUUGCUCGAUGGUGAUGUGGAUAUUGAGGUCCGAGACGCUGCCCAGGAAGUCCUGAUCAACUUGCUGUCUCAAGGUGCUGCAGAGGAUGUCAAGAAGACUGUCUUCACAGACUUGAAGCAGGUGUAUCUGCCAUCGGGUGUCACAACGCCGCUUUACAGCGAUAAGCAACUCAUAUUGCAGGGAGCAUUGCUUAACUUCCGUGCGCAGGAUCAUUUACUAAGGGACCACCGACUAACGGAAGACUUUGAACAAUGGAUUGUGCAAGUCCGCUAUGCUCUGCAAGACUCGAGUCCAUUCGAUACUAGAUACGCUGCCGUGAUAGCCACGCAGCAGCUUGACGAGAAGUCUCUCGCCUACUUCAACUCCAUCGAUUCAAGCAACACUGUCCUGCAAUUCUGUCUGGCAGUCUACGACCUCUGCAACGACGACGACAUCGAGAUCAGAACCCUCGCCGCUCCAGUCGCCACCAAUAUCCUCAACACAGGCAGCGACAAGAAGAAAGCCGCCAUGGUCCCUCUAGCCGCAAACCAAGGUUUAGCAGAAUUUAUCUCAUCAGCAUUCAACAGCAACACCCUAGCAGCUUCAGCAGCAAUUUCUCGAGCAACUGCCAACGCCGUCACGACUUCCUUCCCCGACUCUGUCAAAGCCUCACUCGCCGCAAAGACUAAACCAAACUCCUCCCUCUUCGCACACGAGAAACACAAUCUCUUCAUUGACGAAACCAGAGAGGCUCGCUUGUGGUCCUCUAUCGCUGCACGCCUCCACCCAACCGCUUUCUCCUUCCGUCUGAUCAUGAAUCUCUCCACAUGGGUUAUCGACGGUCUCGACGUUUUAAUCGCAGAAGUUGAGACCAAACCCGAUACACCACUGGGCUGGAGCAGAAAAGCUGAGGUGUUUGUUUUGGGCAUGCAGGUGUUGUAUGCUGCUCAACUUGUGUUGAACUUGAGCAAGAGAGGUGUUGAAAUGCCUGUUCGGGCAAGUGCUGUCGUUAAGAGAGUGGAGAUGCUUUUGAAAAAGGGGAAAGAAAAUGGAGUCAAUGUUUUGUGGUUGCAGACUGGCAAGGAAAUUCUAGAGCAGCAGAUUUGA